AAUUUGGAUUACAUGUAAUAUUACAUCAGAUUGUGCACUUUAAUAUAAGAGCACUAGAAGUCUCUUCUAAUCGAGAAAAAGCUGAGUCAUUUAUCUCUCAUCCCUCCCUCUCGAAACGUACCAAAAUUCAGGUUUUCAUUUUUCACUGCAAUGGCGUCGAUUUCAUCCUUUGGGUGCUUCCCUCAGUCAACAGCUCUCACCGGCAAUUCCUCCACCACCAGGUGCCGGACGACUGUUGCUGCUCGGUUAGCCGACCAACCAGAUGACUUCUCUCCUCUUCGCUCUCCCAGUGGGAAUUGUGGGUGUUCUCAUAAUUCUGGGGAGUUUGAUCGCAGAAAAUUGUUGGUUUCUUCUGUUGGUUUGUUGAUUGGAGCCUUUGCAUACGAUUCUAAAGAUGGAGACUUUGCAGAAGCUUCCCAAUUCGCUGACAUGCCAGCGCUUAAAGGAAAAGAUUAUGGCAAAACAAAGAUGAAGUAUCCAGAUUACACUGAGACACAAUCUGGUCUUCAGUAUAAGGAUUUGCGAGUAGGAACUGGGCCUAAAGCAAAGAAGGGAGACAGAGUUGUGGUUGACUGGGAUGGUUACACAAUAGGUUACUAUGGCCGCAUAUUUGAAGCUCGCAAUAAAACAAAAGGGGGUUCUUUUGAGGGGGAUGAUAAGGAAUUUUUCAAAUUUACGUUGGGAUCGAAUGAGGUGAUACCUGCUUUCGAGGAGGCCGUGUCUGGCAUGGCGCUCGGUGGUAUCAGAAGAAUAAUUGUACCGCCAGAACUAGGAUACCCGGAUAAUGACUACAACAAGAGCGGACCGAGGCCGAUGACUUUCUCUGGACAACGUGCAUUAGAUUUUGUGCUGAGGAACCAAGGGCUGAUAGACAAGACACUUCUGUUUGAUGUUGAACUCCUCAAAAUUGUACAGAAUUGAUAUAAACAUCAACAGUCUACUACACUCACGUACAUAUAUAUAUUUAUGAUGUGUACACUUUAUCGGGACAGUUGUGUAAAUUGAGCUCAGUACAAAAUUGUUGCAUGCCAGUGUUAAGGAUUUGUACUGAAGUGGGAAACAUGUUUUUUUUAGGAGAUUCCAAAAAGCUUGCAACA